UGGGGCUUGCGCCUGCGGCAGGGGCGGAGCCUGCGAGUACUAGAGGCGGGGCGUCAAAUCCUUGACUCCGCUACUCAGAGGCGUGGUUGCUGUUGAGCAUCUCAGCUCCAAGGAGCAAGAGGCCGAAGCUGCUCUUUGUUCCUGGCACCGGGGUCUCUCUCCUCCCGCGACGGGUCCAUCCUUUGCUUCCCUCUCCCAGCAUCCCCUUCCCCAGCCGCUGCGUCCCCGAGCUGCCCUCCUCCCCCUGCUUCUAAACUUGUAGCCCAGCGCCCUUGCCAGGUCCUGGUUUUUGCUUUUUCCUCCCAAGGCCGGGGUCGCUCCGCCAGGCCCCGCCCCUCCAGGCGCGGUAUGUCCCCCGCUGCCCAGCGCCCAUGGUCCUGACGCUGCUCUUCUCCGCCUACAAACUGUGCCGCUUCUUCGCCAUGUCUGGCCCACGGUCGGGCGCCGAUCGGCUGACAGUGCCGGGGCCGGAUAGGAAUGGCAGCGCCAGCCCGUGGUGGGCUGCGGGCCGCGGGUCUCGGGAAGUGUCGCCCGGGGUGGGCACCGAGGUGCAAGGCGCCCUGGAGCGUUCGCUGCCAGAGCUGCAGCAGGCGCUGUCUGAGCUGAAGCAGGCGAGCGCGCCGCGGGCGGUGGGCGCGGGCCUCGCCGAGGUCUUCCAGCUGGUAGAGGAGGCCUGGCUGCUGCCGGCCGUGGGCCGCGAGGUGGCCCAGGGUCUGUGCGACGCGAUACGCCUGGACGGUGGCCUCGACUUGCUGCUGCGGCUGCUGCAGGCACCGGAGCUAGAGACCCGCGUGCAGGCCGCACGCCUGCUGGAACAGAUCCUGGUGGCUGAGAACCGGGACCGCGUGGCGCGGAUCGGCCUGGGUGUGAUCUUGAACCUGGCGAAGGAGCGCGAGCCGGUGGAGCUGUCACGGAGCGUGGCGGGCAUCUUGGAGCACAUGUUCAAGCACUCGGAGGAGACGUGCCAGCGGCUGGUGGCGGCGGGCGGCCUGGACGCCGUGCUGUACUGGUGCCGCCGCACAGACCCGGCGCUCCUGCGCCACUGCGCCCUGGCGCUGGCGAACUGCGCGCUGCACGGGGGCCAGGCGGUGCAGAGAUGCAUGGUGGAGAAGCGCGCCGCCGAGUGGCUCUUCCCUCUCGCCUUCUCCAAGGAGGACGAGCUGCUGCGGCUGCAUGCCUGCCUGGCGGUGGCGGUGUUGGCUACCAACAAGGAGGUGGAGCGCGAAGUCGAGCACUCUGGCACGCUAGCGCUGGUCGAGCCGCUCGUGGCGUCGCUGGACCCCGGCCGCUUCGCCCGCUGCCUGGUGGACGCCAGCGACACAAGCCAGGGGCGCGGGCCGGACGACCUGCAAAGUCUGGUGCUGCUGCUCGAUUCAUCCCGUUUGGAGGCUCAGUGCAUCGGGGCUUUCUAUCUGUGCGCCGAGGCUGCCAUCAAGAGCCUACAGGGCAAGACCAAGGUGUUCAGUGACAUCGGUGCCAUCCAGAGCCUGAAACGCCUGGUGUCUUACUCCACCAACGGCACUACGUCGGCGCUGGCGAAGCGUGCCCUGCGCCUGUUGGGCGAGGAGGUACCCCGGCGCAUCCUGCCCUGCGUGGCCAGCUGGAAGGAGGCCGAGGUCCAGACCUGGCUGCAGCAGAUCGGCUUCUCCCAGUACUGCGAGAACUUUCGGGAUCAGCAGGUAGAUGGUGACCUGCUUCUACGGCUCACAGAGGAAGAACUCCAGACAGACCUGGGCAUGAAAUCAAGCAUCACACGCAAGAGGUUCUUUAGGGAGCUCACGGAGCUCAAGACCUUUGCGAACUAUGCUACAUGCGACCGCAGCAACCUAGCGGACUGGCUAGGCAGCCUGGACCCUCGCUUCCGCCAGUACACCUACGGCCUGGUCAGCUGCGGCCUGGACCGCUCCCUGCUGCACCGAGUGUCAGAGCAGCAGCUCCUGGAGGACUGCGGCAUCCGCCUGGGGGUGCAUCGCUCACGCAUCCUCUCUGCAGCCCGAGAAAUGCUGCACUCACCGUUGCCCUGUACCGGUGGCAAGGCCAGCGGAGACACCCCAGACGUCUUUAUCAGCUACCGGAGGAGCUCGGGUUCCCAGCUGGCCAGCCUCCUGAAGGUGCACCUGCAGCUGCAUGGCUUCAGCGUCUUCAUCGAUGUAGAGAAGCUGGAAGCCGGCAAGUUCGAGGACAAGCUCAUCCAGAGUGUCAUGGCAGCUCGAAACUUUGUCCUGGUGCUAUCUGCUGGGGCGCUGGACAAAUGUAUGCAGGACCAUGACUGCAAGGACUGGGUGCACAAGGAGAUUGUGACUGCUUUAAGCUGUGGCAAGAACAUUGUGCCUAUCAUUGAUGGCUUCGAGUGGCCCGAGCCUCAGGCACUGCCUGAGGACAUGCAGGCUGUACUCACCUUCAACGGCAUCAAAUGGUCCCAUGAGUACCAGGAGGCCACCAUCGAGAAGAUCAUCCGCUUCCUGCAGGGCCGCCCCUCUCAGGACUCCUCUGGCGGCUCGGAUACCAGUUUGGAGGGAGCUGCGCCAAUAGGCCUGCCUUAACCCGCCCCAGUUCCCACGCCCCGCCGUGACUCCUGCUUCCUUCGACCCCCGACCCCUAAAGGAGUACCUCCUCUGGAGCCGCCCUGGGCUGAGACAAACCAGGCUCUUCUCAGGGAAAGGCUUUCCCUGCUGCCUCCCUGUGGCCCACUUCUAACCCAGAGAUGCCAGGCACGGGGUGAGAUGAGAGGACAUUCCUCUGUCAGGCCCUGCCAUCCUGUUCCAACUCCCAUCCAGAGCCAUGUCCCUGCUUCGAUCCUGACCCUCAAGAUAGGGGAAGGACAUUCUCCCAUCUCCUGCCCCAAGAGCAGCCAGCUUGAGAAGGGUGAGGUUGGCAGGCUCUGGCAGGAGUCAGGACAAUGGGCCCGGGAGGCAUCUGGGGUUGAGGAUCCCCUAAAGGUUGUCCACUCACAUUGUGCCUGGCCUCUGGCUCACCUGGCUUCCUGAUGCCUCAUGGCCUUGCUCUAUAACUACUUGGUACCCCUGCCAGACCUCUUUAGGCAGCCUCCUUUGCCAUGCUGGGAGUCAGGGUGCAUCUGAGCCGGCCCUGUGCCUGGCCUCGCUGCCCUUUCUGGUGCAAGAAGGGGCCCCUUGCUUGUGCAGGGAGACCCUAAGAGCCCACCCUAGCCCAAACCUCUGUGCUGUGCCUAAGGCUCUUGCCGAGCCUGCUCCAGCUGGCUUCCCCAGCUCGUCACCCACACGGGGCUUUUCACCCUCUUGUUCAGAGAAGGAGACCAGAGACUCUCCAACAGCACCAGUAGCCUGAGCAGAACCCGCACCACAGGAAAGAGGCAGGACCUUCCCUCCGUGGGCAAGGGCCAAUUCCUGGGGCAGUUUCUCCCGCCAAAGUGUGUCCACAUCCACUGGGAAUCUUGUCAAAACUCAGAGCAGGCCAUCUGGGAAGUGCCCGAGACGCUGCAGUUUUCAGAUUCCCAAGCGAGCUAAUGCAAGGCCCUCACGGGUCCCUGCCAUGUUCCGAACCCCACCCCCACUCUGGUCCCUAAUCCUCGCAGCAGCCUUUUCCACUGUCACCCCAAUUUUACAGAGGGCAGUGGCUGAAUGAUAGGUCCAGGUCCCCAAAUCAUUGGUGGCAGUCUCCGGAUUCUGCCCUAGUCCUGGGACCCAGCACCACGGCUUCCAGACCUGUUCUCCCCAGACUCAUCCUAGAGGCUAUGGCCCAAGCUGGGUAGCAGCCUCUCCCUGGCCCCAAAGAACUGAGCAGCACAGGGUGGGUCUUAGUGAAAAGGCUGGGCCAGGGGCAGACAGAAACAACUGGGCAGGACUGUCCCGUAUCCCUCCCCCCACUGCACAAAGAGGGCAGGACACCCAGGCUCCAGCUUGGAGUCAGCUGGCCCCACCCUGCGACUGCCUUCAGGAGGCCGUGGGGUCACACCUCUCCUGGAGGUGGCCAGGUUACUUUGCUCUCAGUCCCCAUUGUCAGAGAAGCCAAAGGGCUUCCUCUCCAGGCUUAGGGACCCCUUCCUGCCAAAGACCCCCUCUUCCACGGGUCGUGGCUGGCCUCUGGCUGUGACUAUCUGUAGUCCUGGUCCAUCACCAGUGCCAACCCCACAUCCUAUUCUGAGGUGAGGCAGAUGGAAUGGUGGCCUUGAUGACCAAUUCAAUGACAAUACAGUGUAUGAGUCCCCCUGGGGAAACGUCGUCUUCAGUCCACACUCUCCAGAGGUCCCCAUGGGCAGUACUCAAGAAGUUUUGGGGUUUUUUUUUUUUUUUGGUUUUUCGAGACAGGGUUUCUCUGUGUAGCUUUGCGCCU